CAUCGCAAGCGUGGGGGGGGGAGCUGGUAAUAAGUUGCACAUGAGGACAGGCGGUUGGGACGAAGAGGAGGAGCUUGUUCAUCUACCAAUUUUCCAAUAGCCACUUGAAGGAGCGAUUUGAAGAGGUAGUUUUCGAGUGGCGUUUAAAAAAAAGCAAGAACUGCUUUAAUUCGUUCGAUUUUCGAUGAAAAGCUUCGUGAUUAUUAUUAAUAAGUUGAAGAGAUCCCUCCCGAAUGUGAGAAAUAAUUAAGCGAAAGUUGCCAUUUUCAGCCGCUAGGCGUCGUGGCGUCUCGGUGCAAAUCCUACCCCCCCCCUCUUCACGCAGCGUCGUUCCUAGUCCCGGAGGAGGGAGAGUUGGGGAGGGGUAAGAACUGAAUCUGUUAUCGAGCGUCCUCCAUUCCUCCUCUUCCGUCCGUCUGAUUCUUCCGACUCGGUUCACUUCUAUCUCUCCUCUCUUCCGUCUCUGCUUCGUGACGUCAUUACAUCAAUAACUGGAGCUUUUUCCGUUGCUCCUGCUGCUACCUCUCGAACCCUACACUAGGCGGCCAUAGUUUCAACACCUUCAACAACCCUGUCGAAAUCAAAAGGCAAAGCGUGUGCCCGUCUCUUGCAGCAGCGUCGUCGUUGGAAAACGUCUCUUCGUUCACUUCCAGCCACCAUCACGCACAACAAAGAGUCAUGGGUGCGUCUCUCAAGGCCAACAACAACCGCUGCCACUACACCACACCAGUGUCGUCUCUGUCGUCCUUGGUGGCCUUAUGGCUGAUCUUGAUCAUUAUCGCGCCAACAGCCGAGGGCAGUAUCAGCUGUUACACGUGUUCAUCACGAAAUGGCACCAACAUGAGCUGCGAGGAUCCCUUCCACCCGGCCAUGUCCGACUACAAAAUCGGUUGCAUGGUGCCCAAAGAAGGUCACGUGGGGAAAUUUCCAGCCAACUUUUGCGUCAAAGUCGUCGGCACUGUCUAUGGCACCAGAGAAAAGCUAGUCAUCCGCACAUGCACCCUGGAAAACAUGGAGAACCAAUGCGGCGAAUUCAAAUACGAACACGAAAGUCUGGCCGGAUGUAUUCUGACUUGUCAGAGUGACGGAUGCAACUCGGCAAACAACUUGAUGCCAAUCUUUUCGUCAUUCUCGUUCUUCCUAAUCUACAGCGCAAUAAUGCUAGUCGUCAAUGCAUCAACAGUCUGAUGAAUUCAACUUCCUAAUUCGUACAAUUCAUUCUAAGUCAUAUCUGUCUUUCUCCUGCGUUUUUUGUUUCAAAAGAAUUUUUUUAUUAUUUAACUGUAUUGAAUUAAUUACUGAAAAAAAAAUAAGAAGAAGAAUGGCCGCUUUUCCGAUUGGGAUUAUAAUAAAUUUGUUCGAACCACCUUGAA